UCUAAUCCUCGGGCGUAGUAUGUCUCUACCUCAAAAACGCUUCUUCCGGCAGCGAGCUCAUUCCAACCCCUUAGCGGAUCACUCUUUAGAAUUCCCUUCAUGUCCAUCUAAAAUGGAUUGGUCAGAGCAUUUUCCCCUUUUUUUUACCAAGUUGGGGGAGAGAUUUAACGACGAAGAGAAUUCCAUGAAAACCAAAAAAAAAGUUGAAUUUGCGGAUGUGGGUUGUGGUUACGGAGGUUUACUUGUUGGUCUAGCUGAUACUUUUCCUGAAGUUUUAUCUUUGGGGCUGGAACUUCGUGCUAAAGUUGCGGACUAUGCUCAUAAAAAGAUACUUGGUUUAUUUAUCACGCAAAAAUUACUUUUUUUGGCUUACAAUUGUCUUCAAUUAGCUUUAAGGGAACAAAACAAAAGUACAGGAAAAUACCAAAAUAUCUCCAUCGUGAGGGCAAAUGCCAUGAAAUAUUUACCCUACUUUUUUGAAAAGGGUCAACUAAAAAAAAUAUUUUUUUUGUUUCCGGAUCCUCAUUUUAAAAAAUCUAAACACAAAUGGCGGAUAAUUAGUCCUCACUUGCUUUCCGACUACGCCUACUUUUUGGCGGUAGGAGGUUUACUUUACACAGUUACGGACGUAGCAGAAUUAUACGAAUGGGAGAUUAAACAUUUAUCAGAACAUCCUUUAUUUAUGCGCAUUUCAAACGAGUCUUUGAAAGGAGAUGCCACUGUGGAUUUGAUCUUAAACAGUUCGGAGGAAUCCAAAAAAGUAACUCGUCAGGGUGGAGAUAACAAAAUGGGAGAGAAAUAUUGGGCUGUUUUUCAACGCGUUGAAGAUCCCUUUAUAAAACUUGAAAAAAAUACACCAUCGGAAGUUUAAAGCGGCA